GGGCCAAGUGUUCGACGUGGGGCCGCGCUACACCAACCUGUCCUACAUCGGCGAGGGGGCCUACGGCAUGGUGUGUUCUGCCUAUGAUAACGUCAACAAAGUUCGAGUUGCUAUAAAGAAAAUCAGUCCUUUUGAGCAUCAGACAUACUGCCAGAGAACUCUGAGAGAGAUUAAGAUCCUGCUGCGCUUCAGGCAUGAGAACAUUAUUGGAAUAAAUGAUAUUAUCCGAGCUCCGACUAUUGAACAAAUGAAAGACGUAUACAUUGUGCAAGAUCUUAUGGAGACAGAUCUUUACAAGCUCUUAAAGACUCAACACCUCAGCAACGACCACAUUUGUUACUUCCUUUACCAGAUUCUGAGAGGGUUAAAAUAUAUCCAUUCAGCCAAUGUGCUUCAUCGUGACCUCAAACCUUCGAAUUUGCUGCUGAACACCACUUGUGAUCUCAAGAUUUGUGACUUUGGACUGGCUCGCGUUGCAGAUCCCGAUCAUGAUCACACAGGAUUCUUGACAGAAUACGUGGCCACACGCUGGUACAGGGCUCCUGAAAUCAUGCUGAAUUCUAAGGGUUACACCAAGUCUAUUGACAUCUGGUCGGUGGGCUGCAUUCUGGCAGAGAUGCUCUCCAACAGACCCAUCUUCCCAGGAAAACACUACCUUGACCAACUGAACCACAUCCUUGGUAUUCUCGGAUCCCCUUCCCAAGAAGAUUUGAAUUGUAUAAUCAAUUUAAAGGCCAGAAACUACUUGCUUUCCCUACCACACAAAAACAAGGUACCAUGGAACAGGCUGUUUCCGAACGCUGAUCCCAAAGCACUUGAUUUGUUGGAUAAAAUGUUGACCUUUAAUCCCCAUAAGCGGAUUGAAGUGGAGCAAGCUUUAGCCCAUCCCUAUCUGGAGCAGUAUUACGAUCCAAGUGAUGAGCCUGUAGCUGAAGCACCCUUCAAGUUUGAUAUGGAGUUGGAUGACUUGCCGAAGGAGAAGCUGAAAGAACUGAUUUUUGAGGAAACCGCUAGAUUCCAGCCCGGAUAUCGAUCUUAAAUUGUGCAUAGGACAAGGACUAAAAGGACUGGGCGUGCUCAAACGUUGCUGUUCCUCUUCCCAGUCCUUUACGGUUGGUCAUGUCUCGUGGCCUCUCUCAGCUUAUCCACUAACUCCUUUGAGCCAUUCAGGAGGGCAGUUCCUGGUAGUUUUGGCUUUUCAUGCUUUCAAUGAAUCUUUUAAGCCUGAAGAAUUGUAAUUGACACUCCUAUGCGUAAUGCCCGUUGUUGACCUGUUGCAGUACUGUACUGUACGUGCACCUACUGCUGCCGUAUUUUAACUGCUUGCUUUCUGGUUUGAAAGAUGCAGUGGUUCCUUUCACUCCUGGAUCAAUAUCCACGAAGAUAAUUCAUUAACCUGUAAGAAGUUUACACCAUGAACUAUGUUUUUCUGACUUUACUGAAGUCGCUGGCAUUUUUCUUUUUUUUUUUUUAGAAAAGCUACUAUUCAGGGCACUUUAAGUCAGUGACAUCCCAGAUUUUUUUUGCACUUCCUUUCUAAAGAGAAAUGUUUAGCAGCCAGCGGAGUGUACCCCGUCACGCUGUGGAUCGCAGCAUAAGUCCUGCUCACGUUAAUCCUGCUUAUGCUCUUGUUUGGGUGUCCUGAGCUGUACGUGCAGGUAUUCUAUACAGCCUGAGAGCCACAUGGGAACCCAACUUAAUUGAGUUCAUCCAAGAACCAUUUUUUUCCAUGUAUUGACACGGUUUGUACCCUUUCUCCCUGCCGUUUCUAAAGGCGAUGGUUUAAGGCUUACCCGUGUUGGAGGCAGAACUUCCCAAGCUCCUUCCAGGUAGUAGCGUUGGUAGGACUUGUGCAGAGAGCGUGGGUGGCAGCUCGCCAGCUGGUGGUUACUCACCGUCUGGUGGAAGAUUAACAAAGAACAUCGUGGCCUGAUGACCUCAUGGCGAAUGCUUUUCUCUGUGGAAGGCAUCCAUAUGUGGUGGCAAGCGAGAAACCAAAAUAGGAUGUUUCACUGCGCACCAGUGAAAUGCUCCGAGUGAGGACCGAUAGUUUUCCUAUUCGAAUCUAAUCCCUGUCGUUCAGAAUCCUUGCAGAGAGGAACACUGCAUCUUUAAAUGAGAAAGUUUGAUUUUACUUUUGCUCCUACAGCAUGUCGGCAUCUCAAGUUCAUUUCUUGCAACCUACACUAUGGUGAUUUGUAACCAAGCCUCCAUGAGCUCGUGACAUGAAGUACUGUUCUGGUGUCAAGUACUAUCAAACUUUUCUGAUAAUGCUGAGUUAGGACAACCAAACAAAGCUAGCACUAAAUAAUGGUUAAAAUUGUAUACCUUUUAAUGAUCUUUUCAAGUAUUUGUUACUGAAAUUGUAUAAUGUGGAGUUUACUAGGUGUUCUGUUCCAGUGCAGUGCCUCCUUUUCUUUCCCCACUGCUCUCUGUGGUGAGAAAUUUGCCUUGUUUAAAAUAAUUACUGUGCCCUCGCAUGACUGUUAAAGCUUUCUGUGCAAAGAUGAUUGUCUAAGUGCCACAUGCCUAUGAUUGAGAAAAAAAAAUAAUCUAUUGUUACCUCUGAGUUGUGUUCAACUGAAAUGCUAUUCAACAAAUAACUUAGGAAAAAUAGUUCUAUUUUUAGCUUUUCAUAUCUCUGCUGUCUUUUUCUCAUUUUAUUUUGGCAGCAGUGAAGAAUGGAUUGUAUAAAGACUGCUUGCUAAUAUGAACAAAAUGCACUUGUAAUUCCUGGAAAUAAAUUUAAAUCUUAUAUCUUCACAUUAACAUUAAGAAUUAGUUUUUGGUUUCCUCUUGGGUAACGUGUUGGAUGGAGAUGAGGCUCAGUCGCUGCUGGUUGUAGCUCCAGGCUUCCUGUUCCCGUCAGGCUGCUCCUCAGAAACCCAGAAAGCCAUUCACUUAGACCUCUCUGGACAAGGGUGCUUACGAGAUGCCAUUUCAGAACUUUCUUUUUCCUGUAGUUAAAGUGUUAGUCUGCCAAAACGAAUUUUGAACAAGCAAGGGUUCCUCAUUAAAGGGCAUUUUCCAUUGGGAAGUUCCUGUGGUACCUAAGUCUGUUGGGAACCCAGCAGGAGCGUUGUCAGGACUCUGCGCAGGCCGUCGGGGGGUCGGGGAAGGAGCCUGUGCUAAAAACACAUCUACAGAAAUAUGCACUUGACUGUUGAUACCCGUGUGGAAACGUCUCCUGGCGUUUCUGCACAUCUUUACCAAAACCCUUCUCUCUCUCAGAUUUGAGAAGUGGAAAUAUUUCUAGAGUCUCUGCUGCUUGUACCAUCAUCAUUACUGCAGGAACCAUUGGGGCACGGGUGGAAAGACGACUGUUACUGAAAUCAGUUUGUGACACCUCCCUUCUAAUUUAUUAAGGAAGAAGUUUGGCAGCUUUCUUCACCCUUCUCUUUCCCAGUUCUUUUUUUAACGCUUUCUUUAAUUUUGGAUUUUUGGGGAGGUGCAGACUCCCCCCUGCGUUGUCUCCGCGUGAGAGGCCGAGGGUUUGCUUUCCCUGACCCCUGGUGCUUUGGGGCUCUGUCCCGCGGCCGCUCCCGCAGCGCCAGCCCCGCAGCCCCACCGGGUCACGGGCACUGUGGGGCUGAGCUUGUUGAUGCAUUAAAUGCAGAAGCAUGAUUUAUUUUUUUUGACAGAUUUUGAAAAUAGUUUAAAAGAAGGUGCCUAUAACAACACUGUGUUAGGUCAGUUAUUUCAUCAUUUUGCAUUGAUUUUUUUUUUUCGUUUCUUUUCUUUAUGUAGUUUUUAUAUUUUAGAGCGGAGAACAGCAACUCUUAAUGGAAGUAACACGCAUGUUUCAUGGUAAAGAUGCUUUGGGAGUAAGGAAUGUAAACAGUUCACUGUCAGAAACAUUCCAACCUUACAGCUGAAGAAAAAUAUGCAAAGGCAGAGCUCUCGUGGAUGCUUUGGCAAAGGAGCAUCCGGCUCCCCCGUCCCGGCCGUGGCAGCUCCUCCUGGCUCCCCCCCUCUCACCGGGGGCUGCCGUGCCCACACGGAACCCGGGUCCAACGGGGUUUUCCGUGCGGGAUGGGAAAGAGAAAACCCUGCUGUUGCUGCCCACUGUAAUCUGCUACGGUGUAUUUAUACCAUGUCGGAGUUGUUUGCUGAGCAACUGUACUAUAGAUUUAAACUUUAUUAAUAUAUAUUUGCUUCUGUUAGUGUAGUUUAUAUAGUCCUUGGUUAUUGAUAAAUUUAUUGUGUUGUUACAGCACAGUGAUAUGGUAUAAAUAUAGGUCUGUACGUACCCACAGUAUACUCAUGGAUUUGGUCCCUUGCAUAGUACUUUUAUAUUUGUACAGCAAUGUCUUCAAGCAAUCCCAGAUUUUAGGGGAAAUAUUUUUGUAAAUGCAGUGGUUUAAACAAAAAUGUCCAAACAAUCCUUUUACUAAGUUUUAAAUACAUUUGUGGUUCAAAAUGGUUUAGUUAACAAUUGAAAUCAAGACACUAAAUUAGUGAAAAGUGCACAUUAGUAAAGUGAAGCUUACAAUGGAUUUGGCAGCACGUGCUGUGAUCGGAGGCAGCGGAAGAGUCGGAGACCUUGGUGAAUCGAGAACAAAUCUCUGAAGGUUGGAGCUGGUUUACUUACUAUUGUUGCCUUUUCUGGUGUUGUAUCAGUGUAGAGCACUCUGGAACUACUCAAACCGCUUCGUCUUUGCUUUGUACUGUUGGUGCCUUCUUAGUCAUGUACCCACAAGUCCUGCAUAGCUCAUUUAGUUAAUGGUAAGUUUAAAAUAAAACAGCAAAGGAAGAUUUUAUAAAAAAAAAAUAAAUCAUUUUCUGUAUGUUCUUAUUCAUUGUAACAAUUAAACGUUUAUAUUGUGACAGAUUUGUGAUUUGGUUAAUCUGUAUAGAUCAAUUGUAAGUAGCAAAGGUUUAUAUUUCGUCUUAUUCUUUUGAUGUUGUAAACGUAUGUGGUUUUCUUUUUUAAAUCAGGUAACUUAAUGUUCUGUUUUGUUUUUGGCAUCUGAAUCUUGUAAAAACAAAUGCAAAGAAAAUCAUUAAAUUGUGUCCCUGUAUUACCAAA